CAAUUGUUGAAAUGCAAUAUUUAAACUGCUGAGUAGUCAAAUCGGUAUUGAAAUAUGAUAAAGGAAGCGCGUUAUUGCGUUCUAAUGUGAUUAUAACCAAUAACCACACGCGCCGCCCGCCGGACUCCUCAGAUAAACGCAGACAAUAAAUGUUAAUUCAUACCCAGUACCCACAUCUAAAGUCUAAAUGUCGAGCAUUUAUUAUUGGUAGUGUGUUCCUGACAGUUUAAUUAUUGAAUUUUUUUUUUAGUUGUAGGAAGAAUAUAUUUUGUAUUAAAUAAUUCUCAGUAAAAAUAAUAAUUUUAGUAAAAUACUUAGUUAUAAUUAUUUUAAGUAUAAUCAUUUUUCCUAAAAAGUCUGAAGCAAGUUGCUAAUAAGACAAAAUGACCAAAUCAAAAAAUAAAAAGAGUAAAUGUGUCACCUCAAAAAAUUCAGAACCCUCCGAGCUCAAAGUACAAAAUAAUAUGUUACGAGAAAACAGUUCUCCCAAAAGAAGUAUAGAAAUACAGCCCGAAGAGGACGACAGCACAGUUGGUGUUCCAAUAAAUAAAGUUACUAAUAAUAAGAAAAAAGUACCAAUUAGUAAAAUUGAAGCUAGUAACAAUAAUACAUCUAUGCAAAGAGACCCCAAUUUAGUUACAAAUAAUGACAGAGAUCAACAAGCCACCUCAAAAAAAUCAAAGAUACUUAAUAAAAAGAAGUCCGAACUCUCAGAGGUUGAAAAACAAAGCGAUGAGUUAUCAGAAAAUAAUUUUCUCAAAAAAAGAGCGGAAAAAAAAUUUAAUCAGAAAAACUGUAAAUUUGCUGGUAAAUCCAAUGAAUCAUUAGAACGAAUUAGAUUAAACUAUGAAGAAAGUGAUGAAAAUGAUGAGGGAGUCAACAAUAACGAGGCUGGUAAUAAUGAAUAUGAACAAGUAACCACAAAAAAGACGAGGAAAAAUAUUAAAAAAAAUUUGCGCUCGGCAGCCGAAGAACAAAAUGAUAAAUUAUCAGGAAAUUGUUCUCCCCAAAAAAGUGAGAAAACAAAAUAUAACCAGAAAAAUGAUAUCGAUGGUGAAUUGAAAGAAUCAUUAGAAGGAAUUAAAAUAACUUCUGAUGAACAAUUUACCUCGAAAAAAUCAAAAAAACAGAAUAAAAAAAAGUCAGAACAUUCGGAGGUUGAAGAACAAAUCGAUAAAUUAUCCGAAAACAGGUUUCCCUCUUUUGGUUUUGAAGAAAAAAUUGAAAAAACCUGUGAAGAAAAUAGCCUAGUUAUACCAAAAACUGAUAAAGUUGAGGACAAUAAAAUGGAAACUGACAAUGAUUACAAACAAAUUUCCACAAAAAAAAAUACAGAAUUGUCAGAAGUUGAUGAACAAAAUCAAAGUAGAAAUGAAUUAUCAGAGGAAAGUUCUUCUAAAAAUAGAAUCAAUCGAAAAAUUGAAGACAGAAAAAGCAUAGUCGAGGACCCAAGAAGUAAAAAUAUUAGGAAUGGUAGUCGAUUUUCAAAAAACUAUAAAGUGGAAUCAGACAGCGAUAGUCAUCACACCACUGGUAACAACCCAAGUUUUAAAAUGAAUAUCAAGAAAAAGUAUAAAAAAACUUCAAAUUUCUCAGGGAUCGAAAAAUUAUCAGAUGAUAGUUAUUCCAAAGAAAGUUUGGAUUUUGAAACAUUGGAUGAAGAUUUAUUUAAAUUAGAUAAAGAUUUUGCGCUUGCCCAUUGUGUUGCUGAAGACUUGCGUAUGGGAGCAGGAAUUGCCGUAGAAUUCAAACGUAUUUUUGGCGGCACUGGUAAUUUGUAUGACCAAAAUUUAAAAGUGGGCGAUGUCGGUGUACUGCACCGCAAAGAGCAAUAUGUGUUCUAUUUAAUAACAAAAAAAUUAAGUAACGGCAAACCAACAAUGGGAAGCUUGAAAAAAUCAUUAGUUGUGUUACGUCAAAAAAUGAAAGAAUUUAAGUUAAAAAAAUUGGGAAUACCAACAAUUGGUUGUGGUUUGGACGGACUUGAUUGGUCGGAAGUGGAGUCGUGCAUUAAGGAUGUGUUUAAUGGGUCUGGUAUUCAUAUUACUGUUUGUAUACCGUCCGCGUCCAAGAUGAUGACAGGUAUCAAGAAAACGUUGCCAUUAGCUAUCAAAAUCACACAAAAAAAUUUAUGGGAAAUGGAACCACAAACAGAUAUUAUUCUAUUUAUAAAUAUUAAACAAAUAUCUGACAUCAACUGUAGUAAAAAUAAUAUAAUUGAUCAAAUUAAUGCAAAAUAUCCAUUCAAACAAUAUUUAAUCAAUGAUAUACCCAAGAGAGAAUGUAUGUACAAGUACACGGUUAGAAAUGAAGUUAUAAUAUGUAUAAUAGAAAAGAAUAAUAAUAAUAGAACUUAUGAAGAUAUCGAAAAAAUAUUCAGACAGCUUAAAAAGGAAUACGAGAAAAUAAAUUUCAGAUAUUUUGCGUUUCAACAUGAAGAUGCCGUAAAGACUGCUAAAAUUGUAGAAAUAAUGAGAUCAAUAUUUACAUCUAACCUAGCAGAGUUAUGGUUGUGUGGUAUACCCGGACAACCCGAGGGAACAACAUACGAUCAAUAUUGCAGAAAUACACGUAUAACAGUUUACAGUAGAUCAAGUUGGCAAAACCCAAAUCAGACACCAGAAAACAACAAUUUUUUCAGGAAUCACAACCAAUCCGUAACGGAAAACAACAAUUUUUACAGGAAUCACAACCAGUCCAUCACGGAAAAACGGUUCUCUUAAACUAAGUCAUUAUUUUCAGAUAUUGUUGAUUAUUUAUAAAUAUUAUAAUAUAUAAAUACGUACAUUUAUUAUUAUUUACUAUACAUUAUUAUAAUAUAAUAUAAGAACUUUUAUAGAAAUAAUUAUUCGAAAAUUAUAUAUUUUACUGACAAC